AAAUCGGCCUCAGUGUUUAGGAGAUCUUUCGGUUGGGAGGUGCUGAAUCCGGAACUAAACGCCAUAUGCGCUGCGUCGACAUCGUCGUCACCAGUCUGGGGCCCUUUUAAGGAUCCUGCGAUCAUUGGUGGCGAAGAAAUGGGUGAUUGUCCAGUUUUGUGACAGAAGUUGAUAAAUUUCCAGAUUGGUAAAUUUCCUCACAGAAAUUUAAAGGAACAACAACAACAAAAGACGCGAAGAUCUUGAAGAUGGAGCAGUAAUAAAACGGCCAACUCCAGAACCAUCUACUCCAAGACCAUCCACAUUCGACUCCUUGAACUAUCGCAAUUUAAACGCUAAAGCUGCGUAAGACUACAGGCUUAGGACGUAGUUCUUUCCGAAAUAUUACAUCAUAGUCAUUGAGAAGAUAAAAUAUUCAAAGGAGAAAUCAGUUGUAGGUUUAGACAGCUCUUUGAAUAUAUUUUGGAUAGGUGCUAGGUAACCUUGUUUAACUGUAGGGAGCACAGACUCACCAAACCUUUACUGGAAGGAAUCCUGGAAAAUCUAUUCCAUUGUAAGGUUUUAUUUCCCAGUUAGUGGGUAAAGGACUUGAAGACCUCCCUGCACUCAUGGCUUUCACAAAUUACAGCAGUCUGAAUCGAGCUCAGCUAACCUUUGAAUAUCUGCACACAAAUUCAACCACUCAUGAAUUCUUGUUUGGUGCUCUUGCUGAACUGGUUGAUAAUGCCAGAGAUGCUGAUGCCACCAGAAUAGAUAUUUAUGCAGAAAGGCGAGAGGACCUUCGGGGAGGAUUUAUGCUUUGCUUUUUGGAUGAUGGAGCAGGAAUGGAUCCAAGUGAUGCUGCCAGUGUUAUCCAGUUUGGGAAGUCAGCCAAGCGAACACCUGAGUCCACCCAGAUUGGGCAGUAUGGGAAUGGGUUAAAAUCGGGCUCAAUGCGCAUUGGGAAGGAUUUUAUUCUCUUCACCAAGAAGGAAGACACCAUGACCUGCCUCUUCCUGUCUCGUACCUUUCACGAGGAGGAAGGCAUUGAUGAAGUGAUAGUCCCAUUGCCCACCUGGAAUGCUCGGACCCGGGAACCUGUCACAGACAAUGUGGAGAAGUUUGCCAUCGAGACAGAACUCAUCUAUAAGUAUUCUCCCUUCCGCAAUGAGGAAGAUGUAAUGACUCAGUUCAUGAAGAUCCCUGGGGACAGCGGAACACUGGUGAUCAUCUUCAAUCUCAAACUCAUGGAUAACGGAGAGCCUGAGCUAGAUAUAAUGUCAAAUCCAAGAGACAUCCAGAUGGCAGAGACUUCCCCAGAGGGCACGAAGCCAGAGCGGCGCUCCUUCCGUGCCUACGCUGCCGUGCUCUAUAUCGAUCCCCGGAUGAGGAUUUUCAUCCACGGGCACAAAGUGCAGACCAAGAGGCUCUCCUGCUGCCUGUACAAGCCCAGGAUGUACAAGUACACGUCAAGCCGUUUCAAGACACGUGCGGAGCAGGAGGUGAAGAAAGCUGAGCACGUAGCGCGGAUUGCUGAAGAGAAGGCACGGGAAGCAGAGAGCAAAGCUCGGACAUUGGAGCUACGCCUAGGUGGAGACCUCACUCGAGACUCCAGGGUGAUGUUGCGGCAGGUCCAGAACACAGCCAUUACCCUGCGCAGAGAAGCCGAUGUCAAGAAGCGGAUCAAGGAGGCCAAGCAGCGAGCACUUAAAGAACCUAAGGAACUGAAUUUUGUUUUUGGGGUCAACAUUGAACACCGUGACCUAGAUGGCAUGUUCAUCUAUAACUGUAGCCGCCUGAUCAAGAUGUAUGAGAAAGUGGGUCCACAGCUGGAAGGCGGCAUGGCAUGUGGUGGGGUUGUUGGGGUCGUUGAUGUGCCCUACCUGGUCCUGGAGCCUACGCACAACAAGCAGGACUUUGCCGAUGCCAAAGAAUACCGGCACUUGCUGCGGGCCAUGGGGGAGCACCUGGCACAGUACUGGAAGGACAUUGCCAUUGCUCAGAGGGGAAUUAUCAAGUUCUGGGAUGAAUUUGGCUACCUCUCUGCCAACUGGAACCAGCCCCCAUCCAGUGAGCUGCGUUACAAACGCCGGAGAGCUAUGGAAAUCCCAACCACCAUUCAGUGUGAUUUGUGUCUGAAGUGGCGGACCCUCCCCUUCCAGCUGAGUUCUGUGGAAAAAGAUUACCCUGAUACCUGGGUUUGCUCCAUGAACCCUGAUCCUGAGCAGGACCGGUGUGAGGCUUCUGAACAGAAGCAGAAGGUUCCCCUGGGGACAUUGAGAAAGGACAUGAAGACACAGGAAGAGAAGCAGAAGCAGCUGACAGAGAAAAUUCGCCAGCAGCAGGAGAAGCUGGAGGCCCUGCAGAAAACCACACCUAUCCGCUCCCAAGCUGACCUGAAGAAAUUGCCCUUAGAAGUGACCACCAGACCUUCCACUGAGGAACCUGCGCGUAGACCUCAGCGUCCUCGGUCACCUCCUUUACCUGCAGUGAUCAAGAAUGCCCCGAGCAGACCUCCUUCCCUGCAAGCUCCCAGGCCAGCCAGCCAGCCCCGAAAGGCUCCUGUCCUCAGCAGCGCCCCAAAGCCUCCUGCCCUGACAGCCCGCGAGGAGGCCAGUACAUCCAGGCUGCUCCAGCCACCCGAGGCACCCCGAAAGCCCGCUAACACUCCAGUUAAGACUGCGCCCCGGCCUGCCCCUCUCGUGCAGCCGCCGUCACCAUCUCUGCUGCCCAACUCCAAGAGCCCUCAGGAGGUCCCUGCCCCCAGAGUCGUCAAGACUCCAGUGGUCAAGAAGCCAGAGCCACCCAGUAAACUCUCCCCGGCCACUCCUGCUCGGAAGCGGACUCUUGGGGUCUCUGACGAGGAAGAAGCUGAGGAAGAGGCUGAAAGGAGGAAGGAGAGGUCCAAGCGGGGCAAGUUUGCAGUGAAGGAGGAAAAGAAGGACUUGAACGAGCUCUCAGACAGUGCUGGAGAGGAGGACUCAGCUGAGCUCAAGAGGGCUCAGAAAGAUAAAGGGCUGCAUGUGGAGGUGCGUGUGAACAGGGAGUGGUACACAGGCCGUGUCACAGCUGUAGAAGUGGGCAAGAAUGUGGUGCGGUGGAAGGUGAAGUUUGACUACGUGCCCACAGACACGACACCAAGAGACCGCUGGGUGGAGAAAGGUAGCGAGGACGUGCGGUUGAUGAAGCCCCCUUCCCCGGAGUAUCAGAGCCCCGACACGCAGCAGGAGGGCGGGGAGGAGGAGGAGGCGGCGGCAGUGGCCCAGCAGGCUGUAGCUCUGGCAGAGCCCUCCACUUCAGACUGCAUUCGCAUUGAGCCUGACACCACCGCCCCGAGCACCAACCACGAGACCAUUGACCUGCUCGUCCAGAUCCUUCGGAAUUGUUUGCGGUACUUCCUGCCUCCAAGUUUCCCCAUCUCUAAGAAGGAGCUGAGUGCUAUGAAUUCAGAUGAGCUAAUCUCCUUUCCUCUGAAAGAGUACUUCAAGCAGUAUGAAGUGGGGCUCCAGAAUCUGUGCCAUUCCUACCAGAGCCGUGCAGACUCACGGGCCAAGGCCUCCGAGGAGAGCCUGCGCACCUCCGAGAGAAAGCUCCGCGAGACAGAGGAGAAGCUGCAGAAGCUGAGGACCAACAUCGUGGCACUCCUGCAAAAGGUGCAGGAGGAAUCUGUGGUUCCAUCCCUGGCGGCACAGCAUCCUGACCAGGAGGGCUGCAGGUGGUGCAGGCUGCCUGGGCCUCUUCCCAGCCGGACCCAUGGAGGGCCUGGAGGGGGCGAAGGUUAGAAUCCGGGACUCCAGUGAGGAGGUUCCCACAGUUGUCUGGGACAUUGACAUCAACACAGAUGAUGAGCUGGAUGCCUACAUCGAGGACCUCAUCACCAAGGGGGACUAAGGGGCUCGGAGCCAGAGAUCGGUUCCCCUGCCCCUCAAGGCAGAGAUCCUGGGGUUUCAUUUAUGCGGUGGUGGACUUACCUUGGUUCGAUGCACGUGGGACAUUUGUGCUUUUGGAGGGAAAGAUACUCUGAUUCUUUGAAUCUUCCUCCCUAAGUUUAUAAAUAUUUAUUUUUUAAAAGAAACAA